CAACAUGGCCAAGUGUGAAAAAGUGUUUACCAUAACAUAACUUUACUGUGGUUUAUCACACCUGAGUUCAAUUUCUCUAGCCACAUGCAGACCUGAUUACUGCCACACCUGUUCACAAUCAAGAAAUCACUUAAAUAAGACCUGACUGACAAAGUGAAGUAGACCAAAAGAUCCUCAAAAGCUGAGAUCCAAAGAAAUUCAGGAACAAAUUAGAAAGAAAGUAAAUGAGAUCUAUCAGUCUGUCUAAAGCUUUGGGACUCCAGCAAACCACAGUGAGAGCCAUUAUCCACAAAUGGCAAAAACAUGGAACAGUGGUGAAGCUUUCCAGGAGUGACCGGCCGACGAAAAUUACCCCAAGAGCCAACGACGACUCAUCCAAGAUAUCACAAAAGACCCCACAACAACAUCCAAAGAACUGCAGGCCUCACUUGCCUCAGUUCAGGUCAGUGUUCAUGACUCUACCAAAAGAAAGAGACUGGUCAAAAAUGGCCUGCAUGGCAGAGUUCCAAGAUAAAAACCGAAAACAUCUUGAUGAUCCCCGUUUGAAGGCUUUUGGGAAAAUACUCUGUUGACUGACGAGACACAACACCUUGAACUUUUUGGAAGGUGUGUGUCCCAUUACAUCUGGCGUAAAAGUAACACUGCAUUAUAGAAAAAAGAACAUCAUACCAACAGUAAAACUAUGGUGGUGGGAGUGUGAUGGUCUGGGGCUGUUUUGCUGCUUCAGGACCUGGAAGACAUGCUGUGAUCCUGAAGGACAUUGUGCGGCCAUCUGUUCGUGACCUCGAGCUGAAGCGAACUUCGGUUCUGCAGCAGGACAAUGAUACAAAACACACCAGCAAGUCCACCUCUGAAUGGCUGAAGAAAAACAAAAUAAAGACUUUGGAGUGGCUUAGUCAACGUCCUGACCUGAAUCCUACUGAGAUGCUGUGGCAUGACCUUAAAAAGGCGGUUCAUGCUUGAAAACCCUCCAAUGUGACUAAAUUACAACAAUUCUGCAAAGAUGAGUGGACCAAAAUUCCUCCACAGCGCUGUAACAGACUCAUUGCAAGUCAUCGCAAACGCUUGAUUACAGUUCUUGCUGCUAAGGGUGGUCCAACCAGUUAUUAGGUUUAGGGGCAAGCACUUUUUCACACAGGACCAUGUAGGUUUGGAUUUUGUUUUCCCUUAAUAAUAAAAACCUGCAUUUAAAAAAAUCAGGAAGGGGGCCAACACUUUUUCACACCACUGUACAUAACAGAGUAAUUUGCAUGUGUGAAAGGUGGUGUUUGUGUACAUUAACAGACAACAAAAUCCUCAUCCUCUUUGGUUUGACAUUGAUUACAAACAUCAUUUGUGUGUUCUCCUUUUUUUUUACAGAGCCUAUAACCAAGGACACAUGAGCUUUUAUGCAAGCUGGUUUUGCUGGUCCUCUGGUCCUAUUUUACUAUGAAACCCCUAAUACAUAAUAAGGAACACUUGUUGUUUGUGUCUGAUUUCAGCACUACAGCAUUCAUUCGCCCCCAUGGGUGCUCUUUCGACAAUAGAUAUUUUUAGGGGUAAAAUAUGAACAGUGUAUUUUUUUCUCAGAAACAGAUGAGCCGGUGUACAGAUGCUGUUCGCCAUUUUGGCCGAGGUCAGUGGGCCGUGGCGCAGGAGGGAGGAACACGCUUUGCAGGCCAGUGAAGGGUUAAUAUCAGAUCCAGCCUUCGGCACACUGAAAAAAAAAAACCCGCCGCGAAAUCAGCUCCACGGAUUUACCGCUGGACUUGUUGAUUUGUUCCUCUUCCUAUAAAAAAGAGGAAUCGGCGGUUUGUUGUAGCGAGCAGACAAAUAUGUCCAGACUGAAAGAUAGCGAUCCUCCACAUGGGCUUUAUUUUAUACUAGACAUGGGAAUAAAGCAGUGACGCUCCUCUUGUGUUCAUCUUCAUUUAUGGGCUUUUCCAUCAUUCUGAGCCUUCAGCUACUGAGCCAUGGAUGAACGCGGUUCCUACAUCGAGAGGUAACGCAGGUUCUGCGGCCCGCCUGGAGUAAACCAUAGCCUAGGAAACUGCGGCCGAAUCAAAAACAAUGGAGAGAUCUGCCAUGAUCAGUAAAACAGGCUCUCGCUCUGCGGCCUCUCUACCCCCGGAGCCGGUGGACAUUAUCAGGAGCAUGUCGUGUUACCGGCGUGUGCGUCUAAACGUGGGCGGUCUGCCGCACGAGGUGCUUUGGCGCACACUAGAGCGCCUGCCGCGCACGCGCCUGGGCAAACUUCGCGCGUGCACAACACACGAAGCGCUCAUGGAUAUUUGCGACGACUAUAACCUGGACGAGAACGAGUACUUCUUCGACCGGCAUCCGGGCGCGUUCACGUCCAUCCUGAACUUUUAUCGCACGGGAAAGUUGCACAUGAUGGAAGAGAUGUGCGCGCUGUCGUUCAGCCAGGAGCUCGACUACUGGGGCGUUGACGAGAUCUACCUAGAGUCGUGCUGCCAGGCGCGGUACCACCAGAAAAAGGAGCAGAUGAAUGAGGAGCUACGGCGUGAGGCUGACACACUGAAGGAGCGUGAGGGCGAUGAGUUGGAUAAUGCGUGCUGCUCGGAGAAGCGCAAGAAACUGUGGGACCUACUGGAGAAGCCUGGAUCUUCUGUAGCAGCCAAGAUAUUGGCCAUCAUCUCCAUAUUGUUUAUUGUGCUGUCUACCAUCGCUCUGUCUCUCAACACACUUCCAGAACUGCAAGACAUAGAUGAUUUUGGGCAGAGCACAGACAACCCUCAACUGGCCCAUGUUGAGGCAGUUUGCAUUGCCUGGUUUACCAUGGAGUAUCUCCUUCGCUUUCUUUCUGCACCCAAUAAAUGGAAGUUUUUUAAAGGUCCACUAAAUGUCAUUGACCUGUUGGCUAUCCUUCCAUACUAUGUGACCAUCUUCCUCACAGAGUCCAACAAAAGCGUACUGCAGUUCCAGAAUGUGCGCAGAGUGGUGCAGAUAUUUCGUAUUAUGCGGAUUUUGCGAAUCUUAAAAUUAGCUCGUCACUCUACUGGGCUGCAGUCGCUCGGCUUCACGUUGCGCCGCAGUUACAACGAACUUGGCCUGCUAAUCCUCUUUUUAGCAAUGGGCAUCAUGAUCUUCUCAAGUUUGGUCUUCUUUGCUGAAAAGGAUGAAGAUGACACAAAGUUCAAGAGCAUACCUGCUUCCUUUUGGUGGGCUACUAUUACAAUGACUACCGUGGGAUACGGAGACAUUUAUCCAAAGACAUUGUUAGGCAAGAUAGUUGGUGGUCUCUGCUGUAUUGCUGGAGUGCUGGUCAUUGCGCUCCCUAUCCCUAUUAUUGUAAACAACUUCUCUGAGUUCUAUAAGGAGCAGAAAAGACAAGAGAAAGCAGUUAAGAGACGUGAGGCUUUAGAACGAGCCAAGCGCAAUGGCAGCAUAGUGUCUAUGAAUGUUAGGGAUGCUUUUAGCCGUGGUGCAGAGCUUCUGGAUGUGGUGGUGAUGGAGAAGGGUGAAAAGAUUCAAGAUAACCAUCUCUCACCUAGUCGCUGGAAAUGGUCAUCCAAGAGAGCGGCAUCUGACACCAGCUCCAAUCACUCAUUCAAUCAAGAACAGGGCUCCCCAAGCAAAACCAGGGCCUCCAGCCCUCAGAGGCUCAAUCCACAGAAAUUAGAGGAAGUGUACAACCAGAUGUCUAAGACACAGUCACAACCUAACCUCAACACCAAAGACAGGAGUUCAUUCCGAGCAGGUAGAAGAAGGGAUGAUAUUGAGCUAGGUACCUUACCAGGAACAGGAGUUGGGGGUCAUGAAGGAGUGGUGGAUAUGAAAAGUCUGUCAAGCAUUGACAGCUACAUCAGCUGUGCCACAGAUUUCCAAGAAAACACACGAUUCCCUUACAGUCCAGCAGUGGGCUUGUCCCUCCCAGAGAGCUCUCAUUUUUCACACAGUUCUGGAUUAUCUGGAAGGGUCAGGGCUAAUCCAAGCCUUCAGCCCACAAUUGAACAUGAAUCCAUGCUUACACCACCAUGCUCUGCUGCAAAGCCACCUGACAUAGAACUUCAUGGUGGAAACCUUCUGAAAACACCUUCUCUUAGAGUGAAUCAUAACAGUAAUGUGGAUUCAAGUUCAGCUGUUGGCCUUUUAUCAGACAGUUCUGCUCUUUCAGAUCACUCACUGAUAAGUCCAGAAGUAUCCAUCUACACUACAGCUAGCAGCAGGACUCCACCGAAGACACCAGAGGGAGUUGCCCUCACACCUACUGUUUUCACAUUUCAUGAUGCCUCUAUCAACAGGUACAUUGAUGCUGAUACAGAUGAUGAAGAACAUCUCAGAGAAAGCAGUCCAUCAGACUGUCUGCUUGGAAGUCUGAGCACCAAGCCUCACCUACAUAUCGGCUACCAGAGGGGUACCAACCACUUGGAGGCUGCACAGAGGCUGUUAGGUCAGAACUGUCGCUUUCCAUUGGGAAGCAAUUCAAGUGGAAGUCAUGAUAAUCAUUUAGCAUUAGGUGUUUUACAUAGAUAUAGAGGGGAAAGGGGACGUUCCAACACCUUUGAUGAAAGCCUCUGAGACGAGAGCAUUCAGUGACUACAGAGAAAAAAGAGCAUGGUGGGAGGCAAAGGAAAUGGAAAUAAUAAACAUAAAUGGUCAGUGCAGUGUCCACAGAUGUACCACAACCCAUAUCUCUCCUUGUCUCUACCAAUUUUUUGUCAAUGUCAAUGUAAACUGAAACAAAUGUGUCUAUUGUCAGAAUCUGACAUAAUUAGUUUUGUACAGUCAGUUUGGGAUGGAAAAUUCAAAACUGAACAGAUAGAGCAGGUCUGUAAAGUAAAGGCAAGGACAGUCACUGCCAAAUUCUCUAGCUAUUGUCCAGAGCCCACUUUUAAGAUUAGGCUUUAGAUCAAGGUCAGGUUAUAGCCUGUUUAUGAGUGCAACGCAAUCCCUCUCCCUGUUAAGAAACUAGCCUUAUUUGAUUGCAGGUAUGAAUGUCUGAAUGUCUACAAUGCCUGAGUGGGAGUGUAUUUAUGGGUUCAUUGUGAGGAGAGUUGUCCUUGUGGUUACAUUUGAUGAUUUACAUUUCUGCACACAUUCUCAAAGUUAUACACAUACAGUGUAUCUGAUUUAUUUUUAUAUAGACAUGGACAUUGUAGAAAUCUAGAAAUUGUACCAUUCUAUUAUGUUAGGUCAGUCAAUUGUAUACCAUAAAGGUCAUUCACACUGUGGGGAUGCAAGCUUAUUUAAGGUAUGGCUAUUUUUUCAUUCUUAUUUUUCAUUUCUUAUUUUAUUUAGCAUAUCACCUGGCAAUUAUGACAAUUAUGAUAAAUUAUGUUUUCAUAAAGAAGACUGGCACAAAAGUAGCAUUUUCAGUUGCUAUCAAUGUUACUAUGUUUAUGUUUUCAUAUCGUCUAUUAGAAACCAAUAUAUAGUACAAAAUCUACUUCAACAUGCACUGUAUGGUUUGUGUAUGUGGACACCUGACAGUUUUACCCAUUUGUGGGCCUUCCACAAACUGUUGCUACACAGAGGUCUAGAAUGUUUUUCUAUGCUGUUGCAUUAAGAUUUCAGUUUAAUAGAACUAUGGAGUCUAGCUCAAACCUGGUCCAGCAUGACAAUGCCCCUAUGCACUAAACAAGGUCUAUAAGGACAUGGUGUACCAAGGCUUGUGUGAAAGAACUUGAGUGGUCUGAGCUCAAUCCCUCUGAUCACAUUAGGAAUUGGAUUGACCUCAUUAAUGUUUUUGAGGCUAAAUGGGCACAAACUACAAAUGUCACACUCUAAAAUCUAGCAAAAGAGUGAAGAAGAUUUCCAGAAAACAAUAUUGUAUAUUGUUAUAACAGCUGAUGUACAACAUGUACAAAAAGCAAAUAUGGGUGUGAUGACCAGGUGUCCACAUACUUAUAACCAUAUAGUAUAUAUAUAUAACACAU